UGUCAAUGUUUUUCAUUUCUUUUUUUCGGAAAUCAUUUCUCAUAUAUCACGGAAACAACACACCACCAAACACUCGACCAGAAACGGGUGCCGUGUUUACGCUGGGGAAAUCAUACUUAGCGGACACCAUCGGAACGGUUCGGCACCGGCAGCUGCGACCACCAGCGCCACAGACGGCACAGCUCCAGAGCCAGACAGGCCAACAAAAUGGUUCAGCAUCCAGAGGACGACAAACAAGCUCAUCAACCUCGUCGUCCGGAGCGAUGGUAACACUCAGUCCCCAAACGGCAGCCCAGCGCCAGCAGCAGAGCUAUUUUUUCAUAAAAAACGACCCAGUGAGGAAAAUUGUUUGCGGCCACAAACAGAGCGGCGUUAUUUGCGAGUCCGGUCGAUUGUUCGUGUGGGGCCAAAAUCAAUUCGGCCAGCUUGGGCUGGGUUCUACCGACAUUUGCCAGAAGCCAUCCUGUGUCCGCACCAUGAAAAGACUCCAACAGCGUGUGAAGGAAGCACGGUUCGGAGGCAACGGCUACAGCCUAAUCUUGACUGAGGAGGGAAAAAUAUUCUACAGCGGCAAAAAUGUGUAUCCGUUCAACGCAAAAGUCGCCUCCAUAAUGGAAUCCGAAACGCUGAGAAAAUGCUCGACAAGCAACAGCGAAUUCACGCCCAUCCCUGUCGAACUGAAGGAAUUUUCCGAAUGUUUGGAGAAAGAGGACGAAGUCGUGGUGGAUAUUGCCACCGGAUUCUGUCACUUCAUCUCCCGGACAAGUGCCGGCAAUUGCUUCGGUUGGGGUCACAACAGCCAUCAGCAGCUGGGAGGAGUGGAUUCGUUGAAAAUCCUUACCAAACCCGAUCGGUUGGGCGUCGAGGAACGCAUCGAUCUGGUCGAAUGUGGCAACUAUUGCAGUUUGAUGGUGUCCGCCACAAAUAAGCUCUACCUAUCGGGUAAGUUUCAGAGAAUUUCCAUCCCCGUCAUCAAAGAGCUGAGUUCGAUCGAGCUCCCGGCAAAGGUGCUGGCCGCUCAAAUCACACCAAACGAUCUUGUCUAUCUCCUGCUGGACGAUAACCAAGUCUAUCGAAGCACACGAGUUCAAAACAUUGAGGAGCUCGAAUUCAAACGCCUCGAAUUGCUGGACCAGCUGCUCGAAGCGGACGAAUGGGUAACCCAGAUCGCACCGGCGGACAAUUUCACCUCGUUUCUAACGAACAAAGGUCGUCUGCUAACAACCUACGAUGACGAUAUUCCCUUCACACCCUCGGAUCACUUCCGAGAGCUGACCAAAUUCAGGGACUUUGUGGUGGCCAAUGUGGCCAGCGGGUUGGAGCACUCACUGGUGCAGGCUUUCCCCAAGAAAGCUUGCACUCCAGCGAUUGAGGUAGACUUCACGGAGGCCGUGGAAAGCAUCGAGGCUGCGAUUAAUAGCGCCGAGCAGAAUAUUCGCAACGGAACGCCGAUGCCAGUGCACGGAAGCGAGGAGUUUAUACGGCAGGAGAAGCGACGACUUCGCCAGGAGCGAAUCGUUAGAGAGCUCUCGAAGGAUGAAUGUAUUCAAAUUGUCACAGACGCGCCGGAUAUUCGGUUCAUUGACAACGGUAUCGAAAUAACGACGACAACGUUGGCACCAUCCGAGCGGGAGAAUGCCGACGCGAAAGACGCCCUCGGGGAACAGUUGAUGAACGAGAAAAAUCAGCGACUCGAUCCACGUUAUGCACCGCACCGAGAAAUCAUGCGAGAUCAUUUGAAGCAUCAAAAACCUCCCACGCCCAAUAUCAGUCAGCUAAUUGAUUACAGUGAUGAUGAGGACGGCAGCAUCUCCUCGCAGUCCACUUUCGAGGACGAGGGGGACGAUGUUACCGAACCAUACAUCACUGCCACCGCGGAGAAUGGGAAAUCGAAUGGUAAAAGCGAUUCGAACAACAAUCAAGACGAAGAUCGAAAGCUGAGCGUCGAUAGCAAGGCAAGCACCAAAUCAAACGGUAAAAUGAAAAAGUUUCUCAAGGACCUCAAAGCGAAAAGCAUGGAUGUGAGCUGCCGGAAUGCGGGAACCGUUUUGAACGAUGAUAACCAUUUCUCCAAAAGCGACGACGACAUUCGAGCGCGGGAGAAAAACUCCAAGAUGUGUAGCUUAAUGUGAACCGAGCUCUUUCACCUCAGCGUAGCGAAUCACAAUUUUGAAACCUCAAAGGAAAAUAAAUA